AUGCUCUGUUCGAAUCAAGAAGUAGCCCGGGCAAUCGCACUCUUGAUCGGCGUUUCAGUCAUAACUACCAUGAUGACUUUGCUAUCGCUUAGCAUGGGACGAGAACCAACACCCUUCUGGUCUUUACCAGUUAUCAACAAUCACAGUUUCGCUUACAUCCACAACGAUGUGGACUUCUGCACAAGAAACAAAAUAGAUAUUCUUCUAGUAGUGCCUUCUGCUGCAGCAAACUUCGUGAAGCGCCAAACGGCAAGAGAUGGUUCCAGAGGAGAAUAUGUUCAAAACGCAACGAACCAUGCAGCAAUGUUAUUUUUCCUAGGUAAGCCUUCGGUAAAUGAGAAUAUGACAACAAUCCAGCAAGAGAUCGAUCAAGAAGCAAAGGUAUUUGGAGAUAUAAUACAAGAGGAUUUUGAAGAUGUUUACAAAAACAACCGAUUAAAAUCUGUAGCAAUGUUGCGAUGGAUAAGCAAGUACUGCACCAGCGCUAAAUAUGUAAUUCGAACAGAUGACGACAUCGGCAUAAAUAUAUCUUCUUUGGUGCCAGUGUUAGAACGAACUGCUAGGAGUUUAGACAACUUUAUGAUAGGGCGUAAGCUAGUGAACGACGUUCCCGCUCGCGAUGUCAACAGCAAGUAUUAUAUGUCACUUAGGGAAUACCCCAAGCGUAAUUUACCCCCGUAUCUUCUGGGUGGACUUGUGGGGUAUCCAGCCAGCACGGCGAAACUUUUGUACGAGGCUGCCCUUAGGGUUAAACCAAUCUGGUUAGAGGAUGUUUACAUCAGUGGUAUGUGUGCUCCAUACGUCAAUGUCACCAUCCUAUCAGAUCCUGAAUUUACAUUUCAACAUAAAUCCCCUGCAUCAUAA